AUGCAAGGAGAAAAUGCCGAUAGGAAAAAACGAGUGGACGCCUAUAUUCAGAGGAUAAAAUUUUCGGAAAUAACUGGAGACGGCGAAACUGAUAAAAGAAUUGAGUACCUGUGGAACUUAGCCCUGUCCACUGUGUAUGAAAAUGCCAAACUCUCCAUGAAAUAUAUCACCUUAAUUAAAAAAAUUACAAGAAACAAUGUGCUCUUUGAUGAUGUAUGUUGCCACUAUUGCAACUUAAUAUAUAUUCCCUUUUAUAACUGCGAAAUUAAGCAGAUUGUUGAAAAGAAUGCCAUCCGGUACAGGUGCCUUCUGUGUAAGCAUAAAAAACAUCGAACGUUAAGGAACUGCCAAAAUCAAGUAAAAAAUGCCAUCCCCCAGAAUUUAGAUGGACGGAAGGUUCGAACCAAUCCUCCCAACUGGGAUCUUUUUCUCAUCAAUGAGAUAGAUAAGUAUGGAAUAAAAAAGGAGACACCCGGUGACGAAACGGACGAUGCUAAAGCUCAAGAUGAUAUCCAGGGGAAUAUCCCUUUGGGGAACGUGAAGGAGCAAGAGGAUUUACAAGGAGAUAACCCCGUGGAGGAUACCCCCCCUUUGAAUAACAAUCAGACGGACGAACCACUAAACCAGGCUAUUCCCUUGGACAGUAUGAGAGACCUCUUCACUAUUGACUACGGAAACAGUAUCUGCACGAUUAAGAAGGAGAUUCUCCUCCCGAUGACCCAAAAUAAUAAUUGUGGAAUAAAUCACAACUUGAAAAACCUUAACAGUGCAGAAAAAAAUAACAACGCUCAAAAAAAAAGGAAACAUGAUGGAAGUAUCAAAUGCGAGGAAAAAUCAGGCACGGUAAAGGAGGCGAUCAAAAUAGAUAACCUGAGCAAUGCCCAAGAAAAAGCUGUGUCAAAGAUGCCUUCCAACCAGAACAAAGUGAACAGUGUGAAUAACGUAAAGAAGUCAAAUGUGACAAAAGUAGGAAAAGGCAUUCCCAACCUCGGCACAACUGAUAACUACUUAAAUUUUAACAAAUCCAAGAAGAAGAAAAAGAAUAUAUUGGACAUCCUGUAA